CGCCCAGGAAGUCUCGCGAGAGCCUGCGGCGGCUGUCCUUGGGUUCCCGGUGCCGGCUGGGUCGGCCGUGUGGGACGGGGGUGCAUCACCAUGGCGAAGAGGCUUCUUCAGCAGUACACAGACACCCCCGAAGGCACCGAGUGCCACCGCAAAGCCUACGCCAGCACCGGUCUCGGCGGCGCCGUCGGCCUGGCCACCUCUGCCUACAGUGUCACGCUCAGUCCCCCAGGCUCCGUCCUCGAAGGAGUGGCCAGGGUGGGGAGGUACACGUUCACGGCAGCUGCCAUCGGGGCCGUGUUUGGCCUCGCUUCCUGUGUCUCGGCCCAGGUCCGCGGGAAGCCUGAUGACCCCCUGAACUACUUCAUCGGUGGCUGCGCCGGAGGCCUGACCCUGGGAGCACGCACUCACAGCCCGGGGAUCGGGGCCACCGCCUGUGUGUACAUGGGGACAGCGGCCGCCCUGGUCAAGAUGGGGCAACUGGAAGGCUGGAAGGUGUUUGUGGAGCCCAAGGUGUGAGCCUGUACCUGCCGGGAAGCCCGUGGUCCAGAUGCAUCUAGAAAUAAACCAUGUCUCUGUGUG